GCAGAAGAGAGAGAGAGAGAGAAACCCUAAUUUCGCCUGAGCCCUUGACGAUUUUCGCAUCAAUGGAGAAUCUCCCCUUGCAUCUCGCAGAAGAAAUCCUCUUCCGGUUGGAUCGCAAGUCUCUUGCUCGGUCCAAAUGCGUCAACAGAGAGCUCAGAUCGAAAAUUUCCGAACCGGAAUUCUGCAUCGAAUACUUCUGUCGGUCAGCGCCCGCCUGUUUGAUCCACUCCUCCGGCUUCGGCUCCAACUACGUCCGGUACGUCUCCGACAAUACCAAAACUGAACCCGAAGCCUCUGGUCUGCCGAUGCGCUGUCAGAUUCUCGGCUCAGGUUCAGGUCUUGUUCUUCUCUUCCUCCAUCAACUCUGUGUCCUCAAUCCAAUCACCCGUAAGUUUCGGCUUCUUGGAGAAGAAUCUUCACGAUUUACGCAAAAUAUACUCAGUAUUCGUGGGAAGAGACAGAUGAAGAUCGGUUUCUCGGUCGAUAAUAUCGAUCAAACCAGUCAGAGAUUCGGAGUCGUGAGUAUCAACGAGGAGGAGUUCAUGUUACAUCCCGACGUGUCGAUUUACCGGUUCGAGAUCUAUGAUGGGGAUAAUGAUUCGUGGAGAGUGUCGGAAACGACUAUUGCUUGUCCCGCAAGCAAUCUCGUUGAACGUGUGAAACCGGUUUACUUUAACCGAGCUCUUCACUGGCUGAGAAGAGACGGUAGCAUCGUCGCUUUCAACCCCGAAAAAGACGAAGCCCGGAUCAUUCCGACCACAUUCCCAUCUCUGGAAAGUACCCAUCUCUGGCUCGGAGCAGUUGAAGGGAACAAAACCCUAACCCUAAUCUCAGCUACCGAGACCCUAAUCUCGGUCUUCAUCCUACGAGACGACCCGAUUCCUACCUGGGUUCUCCGAAAACAGAUAAACAACGAUGCUAUAGAGACGGGAAAGUGGCUGUUCUGGACAAUCGUGACGUAUAACGAGAGGUUCCUUGUGGUGCAAGAAACAAAGGAAAAAGGCAUGAGUCGACUGCUUCAUCGAUACGACGCCGUUGCAGAGGAGUGGAGUGUUUUGGGAGAUGUGCCGACGUGGAUGGACACCGACCAGGAUUUCUUCCACUUCAAGGCGUCGUGGCUCGACGGGGCUGUUCGUAGGAGCAGGCCAUUGCGCAGUCUUCGCCAGUUCAUGCAAAUGAUCGGCACUCAUUAUGAACAGAUCUAG